GUGCAUCGAUAUUAUCAGGACUACCCAUAUUAUACACUUAGCCUAAGUUACAGAGCACGGUGUGCGCUGGGUUUAUCCCUAUCACGUACGCACAUAGUUAAGCAUUAGCUUAUAGUGUAUAUAUAUAUAUAUAUAUAAUAACUUUAUCUAGAUAUUAAAUUUCUAAUCUAGAACGUAUACAUCAUCAAAGAAAGCCUAACCGCGAAGUUUAUUACACUGAUAUACCUCACAAUCGUCCCUGAGUCCACGAGUAUAUAUCACGAUGCCAAAUGGUGAAGGUGUCGAGUCUUCUCGCACAUCUGAAAUGUCAUAUACGAAUGGUGUGCACACACAACAACAUCACAGUGCAGCGAGUGGUACCGGAAUAACUCCCAACCCAGAUACAGCAAGUAAGAACGAGAAGAAAAGGGGCAACAAGAGGAGAAAUAAUAAGAAUAAAAUCCCGCAAGCACGUGCCGACGACAUGCCCGGCGUGCCCGGUGUGUCAGGCGGUAUUAGUGUAGGUAGCACCAAUGUAGGUAACGUGGGUGUAUUUACCAAUGGUAUGGGCAGUAUAGGCAGCGCGAAGGGGGCUAUGAACGGCUUUGAAGGUAGUGGGAGGGGUAGGGGAAAUAAACACCUGAACGCGAAUGCACCGGUGUUUGUAGCGCCGCUGUUAAUGACCCCGGGGGAUAUGGUUAGUCAUGUGGGUAUGUCUACCGACGGUAUGAAUAGCUUAGGUAUAAAUACAAACGUUAGGCACAACCCAGAUUCGGAUAGGAGCCAUGGUGAUACAGCCGUCGAUGCAAGCAAGACAAGCGUAGGUGUACGUGAGGGUAUCAAUAGCACUCCAGACCCACUUGUACCUACCAGUGCGAAGAAUUCGAAGAGCAAGAAGAGCAAAUCACAGCGAAAACGCACUGAGGGGGGUAUUGGGGGGUCUAAUGGAGGGCCUAAUGGGAAUGGGGAGAUAGUAGAUGGUUUGGCCGACGAGAAGAGAAGUUCUGCAAUGACCAGAGCUGAACGGAUGGCACGACACAAUAGUAAGGAACAGGCAAAUAGGCUGGUGAAUAAACGCACUCCGUCAGAUGGUAGCUGGCGAUGUCCCGGCUGUCAAACCAAGAACACGCACAUCCCCACGCGAUACACUUGCUUCUGCUGCCAAACCACCAACCCAGACUGGGACCCAUACAGCACACCCCACACCUGCGAGCGUGUGUGCAAGAAGCGUCUGGACAAAUACAGUGCUGUCGAAAACAAAGCCAUGGCACUCGCACGCAGCCGCUGCAAGCAUCUGUGCGCCAUUGCCUGUCAUCCCGGGCCCUGUCCUCCCUGUGAACUGUAUACGGUAGCGAGGUGUCUGUGCAAUACAACGUCGAGAAAAGUGCUGUGUGCAGAGCUGGCGCUGUUGGAAGGGCUGGAUGAGGGUGGGGUGGUGUGUGAUAAGGCAUGUGGUAAGCUGCUGAACUGUUCUAAGCAUGAGUGCCAGGAUGGGUGUCAUGCGAAACCCUGUCGACCGUGUGAUCGCACGGAACAACAGUGCUGCUAUUGUGGGAAAACGGAACGUACGGCCCAAUGUGGGGAGGGGCUCAUUGACGUGGCGCGAUUGGACACGCCUGCGUACUUUGCCUGUGAUACUGAGACGAAGUGUGGGCGUCUGUUGAAGUGCGGAAAACACAGAUGCGACCGGUCGUGUCACCCAGGGGAAUGCUAUACAUUGACAGCUGGCAAAGGCGACUGUCCCUAUUCGCCUGAGAACAUCUCCACAUGCGCCUGUGGCAAGGAAGCUCUUACCACGGUGUGUGCUCGCAAGCGCAUUCCCAUGCGACAGUCCUGUGACGAUCCCAGGCCAACGUGCGAGGCUGUCUGUGGCAAACCGCUGCCGUGUGCGGAACUCUCCAAGACACCCCAACAGCAUAUGUGCAAGCAACCGUGCCACACAGGUCCCUGUCUCCCCUGCGCCAAUGGCACCGUCCGCAUAUCCUGUCGGUGUGGGUUAGAAACCAAGACCUUUGCGUGUACAGACGCGCACGUCCAGGGCGUGAGCGUAGCCCUACGCUGUAAGCGGAUGUGUCAGAAGAAGCUCCAUUGCAAACGCCAUACGUGCGAAGAGCGAUGCUGUCCCUUUGCGCAGAGACAGAGGUCGCGUGGUUACGUGGGAUUGGUGCGGGACUCGGCGCACGAGUGCACGUCGCUUUGUAAGCGCACGCUCAGCUGUGGGCUGCAUGAGUGCAUGCGCGAGUGCCAUGACGGCGCUUGCCCGCCGUGUAUUGAGGCCUCGUACGAUGAUCUCCACUGCCUGUGCGGCCGGACCAUGCGGCGCGCGCCCAUCCCCUGCAACACCCCACGGCCCACCUGCACAUACCCGUGCACGCGCACACACGCAUGCACCCACCCCGUCACCCACGACUGCCACAAUGAGGACGCUUGUCCCCCUUGUGUGGUACUAGUAGACCGGGAGUGUGUGGGAGGGCAUGAGGUGCGUGGCAGUAUCCCGUGCCAUAUGACCGAAGUCUCCUGCGGCGCGUUGUGUGGGCGUCCGUUGGCCUGCGGUCAUCGAUGUAACCGCAAGUGCCACGGCGGCGCCUGCGUACCCGCAGCUCUGGCCGCAACCUCCAGCCAAACCGCAACCGCAAGCGGGAGAGCAGUCGGAGCUGAUACCAGAACGGCGGGGUGUUGGCAGGCCUGUGGGCGUGUGCGGCCGAGUUGCGGUCACCUGUGUGAGGCGUCUUGCCAUGCGCUGGCAAACACGCCAUGUCCCACAAAGUGCACGAAACUCGUGGAUGUGUUCUGUGCGUGUGGGAUGAGGGCGGAUAAGAUGCCAUGCGCAAAGGUCAAACGAGGUGUAGACGACUCCACCACAAUCCUGGCCCUGACGGAGCAUGCGUCCAUGCUGGAUGGUGCCACAUCCCACACUAAGCUGCCCUGCAACGAUCGCUGUACUACGCUGCAGCGUAACUACAGGCUGGCGCAGGCCCUGGAUAUCAGCGUCUCGGGCGCCAAUGCUGACCGGGUUGUGAGUGACCGCGGGAAUUCGGGUGCGAUGAAUAAUCAGGGUGUGGCGGAACGCCAAUUCGGAGAUAUUUUGGUCCGGGCGUAUCAUAGCAGACCCGAUUUCAUUCUGUCGGUGGAGGAGUUCUUUGCGCAGACUAUCAAGCAGUAUAAAGAAGGCAAGAGCAGUGGCACCGCUCUACUGAGUCUAUGUGGAGGGGUGAAGUCUAUCCAGCAAUUGACUGCUUCGUACACUCCUAUUUCCCGGUACCAAGUGGAGAUAUUCCAGUUGCUAAGCAACCAUUAUGGUCUCCAUGCCGACCUCAACGAGUACGGCAAGCGAAUGAAGAUGGAUGUGGCCUGUGAUGCACGAUCGUUCGUGCCGGGAUUAUUACUUUCACAACUGGUUGUCAGCUAA